CUUCUUACUUGGACCCACUCAAGAAAAAUCUCGCUCGGAUUAAAAAAGUAUACUACCUGCAAAAUCAGAAUGAGAUAGCUCAGCUGUUCAGCUAGCUCAGUUUCAUAUCUUCUUGGUAUUGCUCAGGCGGAAAGGAGAACGUGUAGUAUACUUUUUUAAGCCAACGCUUAGUAUGUGUAGCGUGGUUUCCAAAUCGCACUGGGGGAAACUUCCUUUACUACCUACCAACAAAAGUAAAUCAGACAAUGGAAUUGCCCGGGUUAAAAUAAGUGGGAGAACGCUAGUAGUCUCUAUGGGUAUGUUAGCACCAAGAAAGUUCUUGCAGAAAAGAAAGAAAAUGGAAUUUUUCAAGGAUGCGGCUGAGGAAGCAGAUAAGAAGAACUGGUGGAGAUUGAUGAAAGAAAUUGAUGAGACUGGUUCUGCUGUUUCAGUGCUGAGGAGUGAAAGGACAAAAAGCCAGAAUAUUCCUAGGGACCUUGUCGUUGGUACUUUAAUUAGAUAUAAGCAGUUGAAGAGAUGGAACCAUGUCUGCGAGAUUCUUGAAUGGCUCCUAACUCAAACUUGGUGGGACUUUGGAGAGAUGGAUUUCCUAAUGCUUAUAACGGCUUAUGGAAAGCUAGGGGACUUCAAUGGUGCCGAGAGAAUCUUGUGUUUGAUGAAUAAAAAGGGUUUUGCGCCAAAUGUGAUAUCUCAAACUGCUCUUAUGGAAGCAUAUGGCAGAGGAGGCCAGUACAAUAAUGCUGAAGCAAUAUUUCGUCGGAUGCAGCAUUCAGGCCCUGAACCUUCUGCUUUGUCUUAUCAGAUAAUACUCAAAACAUUUGUUGAGGGAAGCAAGUAUAGGGAAGCUGAAGAAGUAUUUGAUAGCCUUUUGAACAAUGAAAACCCACCUUUGAAACCUGAUCAGAAAAUGUUUCAUAUGAUGAUUUACAUGUAUAAAAAGGCUGGAAAUCAUGAAAAAGCUCGUAGGACAUUUGCUUUGAUGGCUGAGCAAGGAAUUGAACGAUCUACAAUUACUUAUAACAGCUUGAUGUCAUUUGAAACAAAUUACAAGGAAGUUUCAAAAAUAUAUGACCAGAUGCAAAGAGCUGGUCUCCAGCCUGAUGUUGUGAGCUAUGCCUUACUUAUCAAUGCCUACGGGAAGGCUAGAAGGGAGGACGAAGCACUAGCUGUCUUUGAGGAAAUGCUUGAUGCUGGCGUCAGACCCACCCAAAAGGCUUAUAAUAUUUUGCUUGAUGCAUUUUCAAUAUCGGGAAUGGUAGAGCAAGCUCGGACUGUGUUCAAGAGCAUGAGAAGGGAUAGAUAUUCACCUGAUCUUUGCUCAUACACUACUAUGUUGUCGGCUUAUGUGAAUGCAUCGGAUAUGGAGGGAGCUGAGAAGUUUUUCAGGAGAUUAAAACAUGAUGGUUUUAAGCCUAAUGUUGUCACUUAUGGAACCCUAAUUAAAGGGUAUGCUAAGAUGAAUGAUCUUGGCAAGGUAGUGGAGAAAUACGAGGAAAUGCUUGGAUGCGGUAUCAAGGCCAAUGAAACUAUCUUAACUACAAUCAUGGAUGCGUAUGGAAGAAAUGGGGACUUCGGUAGUGCUGUUCUCUGGUUUAAGGAAAUGGAAUCUAAUGGAAUUCAUCCUGAUCAAAAAGCAAACAAUAUUCUACUAUCUCUGGCAAAAACAGAAGAAGAAAGACAUGAAGCUGGUGAGCUUGUAGGACAUUCCAAAGAAGGUAGCAGUUUAAACACAGUUAAUGGCUUCGUUCCAGUUGUUGAUAGUGAUGAUGAAGAUGAUGGUGAUGAUAAUGAAGACGACGAGGAACAGGAAGAAGGUAAUUAUGAAUAUUUUGAUACCCAGCUAGCCAUGGCUUAUGAGAAACAAUCCAGAUGAUUGUUGAUGAUCAGCACAUCUUAAUUUUUCCCCUUUGUAUUUGUGAACUGAUCUCGUGUUAAAAUCAUAUAUAGAAGCAAUUGGAAGCCAUUAGUUUAGAUAAAAUGGAUAAGCAAUUGUCAUUGAAGGCAUAAUUGGGACCCUAUCU